GCAGCAGUGAAAAACUGGGAGGGGGGAAGACGGGUGUAUCUGUCCAAGCAGAAAACGACGCAUCUUCUCUCUUUCGCCGAAACGCGUCUUCUCCCUCGUACCCUCUCUCUCUCUGUCUCUCUCUCUCUGUCUCUCUUUCUGUCUGUCUGUCUGUCGCGUGAGGUGUCCUCGUCUGUCUAGCCAGUCUCUGGGUCGACCGACUCCGGCGGAGCGCGCGCGUGUGUGUGCACAAGCAGUGCAAAUCGCCUGAAGCGUUUCAGCUGUUUUCUCGACCUAUCGUUUCGGCUGCUUUCCUCCUUCGACGCUGCCGAGGCACACACGGAGUUCGGCGUCUCGACGCCCUGCUUCUUCUCGGCAACUUCUCCCCUCUUUUUUGGAUGCUUCUCUCGCUGCGCGCUCCAGGGACUCACCGUCUUCGCGCCUCCUCUUCCGAUUCCUCCAUGUCUCUUCUUCUCUCCCGCCGCUCGACCCUGCGCUUUCUCUCCGAGUUCUGCUGCUCCUCUACACCGCGAGAAAGAUGAGUCAUCUUUUGAAUGCUCCUAUCAUCCUCUUGAAGGAUGGAGUUGAUACCUCCCAAGGCCGCGGGCAGAUCAUCAGCAACAUCAACGCCUGCCAGGUCAUCGCCGACAUCGUGCGUUCCACUCUGGGUCCACGCGGCAUGGACAAGCUGAUUCAUUCCGAGAACGGCGUCACCAUCAGCAACGACGGCGCGACGGUCGUCUCGCUGCUGAAUGUUGUGCAUCCGGCUGCGGCGCUUCUCGUUGAUAUCGCGAAGGCGCAGGACGACGAAGUUGGAGACGGAACUACUUCCGUGGUGCUCCUCGCCGGCGAGUUCCUCGAGUCUGCGAAGACUUUCAUCGAAGGCGGGAUGGCACCGCAGAUCCUCAUCAACGGCUACCGCACCGCCUGCCAGCUGGCCAUCGAGAAGAUCCGCGAGCUCAAGGUCGACCUCUCCAGCACCCCUCCGCAUGAAAAGCGAGUUCUGCUGGAGAGAUGCGCGCAGACGACGCUGAACUCCAAGCUUGUCUCUGGCCACAAGGAUUUCUUUGCCAAAAUGGUGGUGGAUGCCGUAUCGAUGCUGGACGACAGCCUGGACAAGGAAAUGAUUGGAGUUAAAAAGGUGACGGGAGGCUCCUACACAGACAGCUUUGUCGUGCAGGGUGUCGCGUUUGCGAAGACAUUUUCGUACGCUGGUUUCGAGCAGCAGCCGAAGAGGUUCGAGAAUGCAAAGAUUCUUCUCCUCAACCUGGAGCUGGAGUUGAAGGCGGAGAAAGAAAACGCUGAAGUCCGUCUCAAGACCCCGGACGAAUACCAAGCAAUCAUCGACGCCGAGUGGGACAUCAUCUACGAGAAACUCGACAAGAUCAGCGCGACGGGAGCGCAGGUCGUUCUCUCUCGCCUCCCGAUCGGCGACUUGGCAACGCAGUACUUUGCAGACCGAGAUAUUUUCUGCGCGGGUCGCGUCGACGAAGGAGACAUGAAGCGAACGGCUCGCGCGAUAGGAGCUAAAAUUCAAACGACGGUCAACAGCAUCACUCCAGAUGUCCUCGGUACCUGCGGAGUGUUUGAGGAGCGACAGAUCGGAGGCGAGAGAUUCAACUUGUUCAUGCACUGUCCUCAGACUCAGUCCGCCACGAUUGUCCUGAGAGGCGGCGCCCCGCAGUUCCUCGACGAGGCCGACAGAUCUCUCAACGACGCGGUCAUGAUCGUCCGACGAGCUCUGCAGACGCAGACCAUCGUGGGAGGCGCGGGAGCUAUUGAGAUGGAGUUGUCGAAGUACAUCCGCGACGUGAGUCAGGGGAUCUCCGGAAAGCAGCAGCUUGUGAUUCGCGCAUUUGCGCGAGCCCUCGAGUGCAUUCCACGAGCGCUAGCAACCAACGCUGGCUACGACGCAACUGACAUUCUGAAUAAACUUCGGCACAAGCAUGCACAAGGCAAAGGCGAAACGCAGUGGUUCGGCGUCGACUGCAUGAACGGCGGUGUGUGCGACGCGAUGAAGGAGUUCAUCUGGGAGCCUGCUCUAGUCAAGGAGAACGCCCUCGCUGCCGCCACAGAGGCGACUUGCAUUCUUCUUUCUAUCGAUGAAACAAUCAAGCAGCCGACCCCAAACGACAAACGCGGAGGCCCGCAAAUGCGCAUGCCUCCCAAGAGGAGAUAGAGCGCGCACAAAGUCCAAACCAGAGAUCCCGCAGACCUGUGCAUCCUGCAGUCGACCUCACCACUCCUUGCUGUAUCCGCAUCUCUACAAACUGUUUCACAUACAUAUAUACAUAUAUAUACAUAUAUAUGUAUAUAUAUGUGUAUGUACGUGCAUGCGUAUAUGGAUAUAUAUGUAUAUUUGUAUAUGUAUGGGUGUAUAUAUGAAUGUGCUCGAGUUUGGCAGUAGAUGUUGGACUGGAGUAUGGGAGUUGUUUUGGGGGGAGAGAUGUAAGUGUGCGCGUUUCUGUGUGUUGUUUCGUUCUUGGUUUGAAUUCUUUUUUCUUGUCUUUUUCGGUCUCACAGUUUUUCGUGACAGCUUGGUUUGCUGUGGAGCGCAGUUCGUUUUUCCUUUCCACAUGCGUCGACUUCCUCGUGUUUUCUUUGUGCCUCUUUGAGUCAAGUCUUUCUCUUUCCGAGGCGCCCGUUCUGACGAAUGCCGCACCCUGAGUCUUGUCUUGUCCUCGUCCCCGCUGUCAUCACUGCACUUUCUCCUCUUUCUGUAACCAUUCUUCC